GGGAGUAAUUUUCUAAAUUUUGUUAGGCAAGGUAAGAGGACUAUGUGCUUCUUCUUUUUCUUCUUCUUUCAAAUGAAGGGAAAUAAGAGUAUGUGGUUGAUUGUCUGAAUUAGGAGUUGUUUUGUAUGUUGGAUAAAUUUAGGGAGGUUCCGUCCCUUUCGUGGUGAUAUAUUAGCUGUCAUUUUAGGUAUAAAUGGUGAAGCCUAUAAAAUAAGUUGAUGCCAAGACAAAGCUGCGUUUUCUCCAUAGCUCACCUAAUGUUGAAUUCACCAUGCUGUUUCUCGUGUUGAAAAGGAGUCAUUUUCACUCAGCGCAGCUGUUUUGUUUGCACACUCAUGCUCCAGCUUAUUAAAUUCACAGCUUCACGUCGCAUUUCUUUCUACAUUGAAGAUAUUUUUUUGUUGCAAAAUAAGCAGGAGUUUAGAGGUAAGCUUAAUUCGUUAUGGAGCGGAAGGAUGAAGAGCUUCCUUCGCUGAUCAAAGCUAUAUCCGACCAUGAGGUUGCUGGUUUUGAUGGUGUUGAACACCAUCCUCAUACGUCAGUUUCUGGGAUUAAAGCAGCUGAAAUAGAAGAUGAAUGUGAGAUGCCGCAGCAUUCUGUUUCGAUUAGCAUGCCGCCUUCACCUGUCGAGCACGAGCACAAAACAAAGAGAGUUUUGUUUAAUGACGAUACCACAAAUUUGGGAGCUCCAAACCCCAUGUUUUAUUCUCAACCCAUACCUAAAGCCUCUCUGCUGCACGAGGCCAUCACUAACGGAAAAUCCGCCCCGCUUCCACCCAAAUUCAGAGACAAGAGAUUCGACUCUUUCAAGACAUGGUCGGGAAAACUCGAGAGGCAGCUCACGAAUCUCCGCGGCGGAGCUCCAGAACCCGACCCCAAUUCUCGCCGCCCCGAAAUGGGAAGCGUUCCAGUAGACCGGUACUUCGACGCACUGGAGGGCCCAGAAUUGGACGUCUUGCGUGCGUCGGAGGAGAUACUCCUGCCGGAGGAUAAGGUGUGGCCGUUCCUUCUCCGGUUUCCGAUCUCGUCGUUCGGUAUCUGCCUGGGGGUGAGCAGCCAAGCCAUCAUGUGGAAAACAAUAUCUUCAACAGAAUCGACGAGGUUCCUCCACAUGAGCCCCCACAUAAACCAGGUGUUCUGGUUCGUCUCCAUCGCCUUGAUGGCCGCCGUGGCUUCCAUCUACGCGCUCAAGCUCAUCUUCUACUGGGAGGCCGUCCGCCGCGAGUACCACCACCCCAUCCGCGUCAACUUCUUCUUCGCGCCGUGGAUCGCCCUCCUCUUCCUCGCCAUGGGAAUCCCGCCGUCGAUGGCACACACUCUGCCGAAACCGCUCUGGUACAUCCUCAUGACCCCCAUCUUCUGCCUCGAGGUGAAGAUCUACGGGCAGUGGAUGUCGGGGGGGCAGCGCCGCCUGUCCAAGGUGGCCAACCCCUGCAACCACCUCUCGGUGGUCGGGAACUUCGUGGGGGCCUUGCUGGGGGCGUCGAUGGGGAUAAAAGAGGGGCCUAUCUUCUUCUUCGCCAUUGGAUUGGCUCACUACACUGUCUUAUUCGUCACGCUCUACCAGAGGCUUCCUACCAACGAGACGCUCCCCAAGGACCUCCAUCCGGUCUUCUUCCUCUUCGUCGCCGCGCCCAGCGUCGCGUCCAUGGCGUGGGCCAAGAUCGUCGGCUCCUUCGAUUACGGAUCGCGGAUCGCCUACUUCAUCGCCAUGUUCCUCUAUCUCUCCUUGGCGAUCCGUGUGAAUUUCUUCCGAGGGAUCAGAUUCUCGCUGGCGUGGUGGGCGUACACGUUUCCGAUGACCGGAGCUGCGAUCGCCACCAUCAGAUACUCGAGCGCGGUGGAGAACGCGGUGACCAAGACAUUUGCUGUGAUCCUCUGCAUUGUGGCGUCGCUCAUAGUGGCAGCGUUGCUGGUGACGACGGUGAUUCACGCUUUCAUACUGGGGGACCUGUUUCCCAACGACAUCGCCAUUGCUAUAAGCGAGAGGAGACCCAAAUCAUCAACCACGCGGAGAUGGUACCACAGAAGAGCUGCCAGCUCGGAUGCCAGCGUCGAUCAGUUUCUUAAGUUUUCCGAUGCCAAAGACGUCGAGUUGGACACUGGAAAGUGAAUUCAUUCUACAUUUUUUGUUCACUCAACCUAAGCUCUAUGCUAUAAGCUUUUGUAAAAUGUGAGGGAUUUUUGUCAACUAUAAACUAUCCAUUUCAUCAA